AUGUGUGCGGCUUUAGGUGAGACUCCUUAUGGGGGAAAAUGCAUCACUUUUCGAGCAAACACAUCACACAUGAAGAAGCGAGCGCUUUCCUUCCUCCACGCGUCGUCAAAACUCUCAUUCGGUCGCUCUCCUCGAUUUUCUUUUCAACGUCAUCUUUUGUGUCCUCGUUUCUUUUCUUCUUCCUCUUCGUCUUCUUCUCUCGAGAAUAGGACCGGAAAGGAGCACACAUUCUUUCGAUAUUUCUCGAGACGAGACAACGAAUCCGGUGUCUACGUGAGAACGUCUUUCCCUCUCGAAGACGAAGAAGAAGAAGACGAAGAAGAUAAAGAUAAAGAAAGAGGCGCGGUGGAAAACGAGGAUAUCGUCGUCGUGAGGAACGCGGCGACGAGACAACCCAUCGCCACCGUGGUCUCUCUCGUAAAAACGAAUGAUGUUCAGCAGACGACGACGACAAUUAAAGCGAAGUGCUUGGAAAAGCUGAAUUUUUUAGAGGAAAAUUUUCAUCGAGGAGGAGGCAAUAAAGGAGGCAAAUGGAACGCACGCACGAGCCGAACCCGAGCUUCGAUACUACAGAAAUGGCACGACUUAAUCGAUCGAGAGAAAGAAAUCAUCGCGAAACUGAUGACCUAUGAAAACGGGAAACCGAGGAGCGAAGCGUUGGGGGAAGUGGCGUACGCGAAUUCAUUCGUCGAAUGGUUUUCCGAGGAAGCGACGAGAGCGUACGGAAGGAACAUGCCGUCGUCGACGUCGACGUCGAGUCGGUGUUCGGUGAUUAAGCAACCCGUGGGGGUGGUUGGGUUAAUAUGCCCGUGGAAUUUUCCGGCGGCGAUGGUGACGAGGAAAGUCGCCGCGGCGUUGGCGAGCGGAUGUUCCGUGUUGUUAAAACCGAGUGAAGUGACGCCUUUGUGCGCGUUGAAAUUGGUAGAAUUGGCGUACGAGGCGGGCGUGCCGAGAGAAGCUUUAGAAGUGAUCGUGACGAACGAAAGCGAACAGGUUGGGGAAGCGAUGACGGAAUCCGACGCUUUGAAGAAGAUUAGUUUUACCGGGUCGACGAGAGUUGGAAAGUGGUUAGCCAAGCGAGCGGGGUUGAAGAAACUGUCUCUUGAACUCGGCGGGAACGCGCCUUUUAUCGUAUUCGAGGACGCUGAUAUCGACAGCGCGGUUUCCGGCGCGAUGAUGGCAAAGUUUAGAAACGCCGGGCAGACGUGCGUCAGUCCGCAACGGUUCAUCGUCCACGAGAGCGUGUUUGAGGAAUUUUACGAGAAGUUUAAAGAACGCGCGGGAAAAUUAUCCGUCGGGGAUAACUCGAAAACGUACCCGAAAGGCCAGUUUUCCAUGGGACCUUUGAUCAACGCGAAAGCGAAGGAGAAAGUCGCGCGAGCGUGCGAAGAUUUUUACGGAGGGAAGGAUAAAGUUUCCACGCCGUGGUGGUCGACAGAUGACGUCGAUUCAAAUUUCGUGUACCCGCAAAUUCUACGCAUGGAUAAGGAAAUCAAACGCGAACGCAUCGUCGCGGCGGGGAGAGAGGACGAAAAGAAGGCUCUGGUAUGGCGAGAAGAAAUUUUUGGACCGAUCGCCGUUGUGACCGAUUUUCAAACGGAGAAAGAAGCGUAUGAUUUAGCCAACGAUACCAAGUCCGGUUUAUGCGCGUACGCGUAUACGCGAGAUAUAUCAAAAGCGACCAGAGCUUCCGAAAGUUUGAAUUUCGGCAUCAUCGGCAUAAACACCGGGGCUAUAUCUGCGCCCGAGGCGCCGUUUGGCGGUAUGAACGAUUCCGGCUACGGACGCGAAGGCGCCGUAGAAGGCAUGGAGGCUUUUUUAGAAACGAAAUACGUAGCGUUAGGGGGUGUAUAA